CUCUCUCCAGCGUUCACCCUGUUUCCACCAAUAAGCCCAAUGAGCCGGGUAGGCCCCGCCCACUCUCGGUGUGUGUAGUUUUUCCUCCUCCUUCCCCGUUUUUUUUUUCUACAACUGGAGACUGGACGUGUGUAGAUCGUCACGUUGUUUCCCCUCCUCGGUCCGGACGCAAGCAGACAUGUGCUUUCUAUUCCUCAGCUGUGGGGAGAAGACGAACGCUCGCGCAGGAUUACAAUAAAAGCGCGACGGUUGUUUUUUUUCUUCCUUCUUCUUCACCUUCUUCAGCAACUCGAAGGAAGAGGAAGUAUCGAUUCGGAGGGGGUUAGCGAAGGACACGAGAAUGGCGAGUCCGCCAAAAACGGGAGAGCAGCCUUCAUUACCCGGUAGUAAGAACGUCAGCAACAAUAUUAAGAAAUGCGGAUAUCUAAAGAAGCAGAAACACGGACACAAACGCUUCUUCCUCCUCAAGGAGCCGAGCGAAGGUCUCCCCGCGCGGCUGGAGUACUACGAGAGCGAGAAGAAAUGGAAGAACAAGUCGGCCGCGAAGAGGGUGAUUCCUCUGGACUGCUGCCUCAAUAUCAACAAGAGAGCCGACGCGAAACACAAAUAUCUCAUCGCGCUUUACACCAAGGACGAGUAUUUCGCCGUGGCGGCGGAAAACGAGCAGGAGCAGGAGAGCUGGUACCGGGAGCUCACGGAUUUAAUGGCCGAGGGGAGAGUGUACGAAGGCUCCGCGUCGUCGCUGGUCGGCUUCGACGAGGCGAGCUACGGGGUGAUCACGCCGGCGACCGCCGUCUGCAAGGAGAUCUGGCAGGUCAACCUGAAGUCCAAAGGGUUGGGUCAGAGCCGACACCUGGUCGGGGUGUACAGGCUCUGUCUCUCCAGCCGGACGAUCAGCUUCAUCAAGCUGAACUCGGAGGUCCCCUCCGUCAUCCUCCAGCUGAUGAACAUCCGGAGGUGCGGCCAUUCUGACAGCUUCUUCUUCAUCGAGGUGGGCCGCUCCGCCGCCACGGGUCCGGGUGAGUUUUGGAUGCAAGCCGACGACUCUGUGGUGGCGCAAAACAUCCACGAAACCAUCCUGGAGGCGAUGAAAGCCAUGAAGGAGCUGUCGGAGUUCCGUCCGCGCAGCAAAAGCCAGUCGUCCGGGACGAACCCCAUCUCCGUGCCCACGCGGAGGAACCUGAACAAUCUGCCCCCGAGCCAGACCGGGCUCACCCGGCGGUCGCGUACAGCCAGCAUGGCGGUGACCUCUCCCGUGAGCAAGAUUUCCUCUUGUCGGAUACGCACGGCCAGCGAGGGCGACGGCCCCAUGUCAGUGACCGGGAGCCCCCUCAGCCCAGGGGUCCACCGGACCCUCCUCACCAGAUCUCACACCAUUUCAAUGCGCCCUUGUCGGACAUUUGAAUCGUCAACCCUCCAGCACAGUAAGUCCAUGUCCAUGCCUCUAUCUUCUCAUACCCCUCCCCUGACCGCCCCGAGCCCGGGGAGUCUCUCCUCCUGCCAGGACGGCAGUGCUCCUCGCCCCUCCAGCUGCAGCGCCUCCUUCUCGGGCUCCCCCAGUGAUGCCGGCUUCAUAUCCUGCGAGGAGUACGGCUCCAGCCCCGCGGACGCACGGGACCCGAGAUCACUGCUCACCUUGCGCAGCAACACCCCCGAGUCUCUCAAAGCGGACACUCCGCCCUCCCGGGACGGCAGCGAGCUCGAGGGCUACAUGGUGAUGGAGCGGCAGAGCGGUUACCGGCGGUUAUCGGAGCUGGACAAGGUUUACCGGAAGCGAACAUACUCCCUUACUACCCCCCGCCAGCAAAGAGGCCCCCCCCAAGUAUCUUCGGCCUCUCUGGAUGAGUAUACUCUCAUGAGGGCCACUUACAACAGCCAGUCUUCCCGGAGGUGUCACGCGGCCUCCCCUAAAGGCUUGUAUCCUGAGGAUUACAGUCAGAUCAGCCUUAGCGGUCUCCACGGUGAUAGUGGCUAUAUGCCCAUGAUGCCAGGUAUGUCGCCACAGACGCCAUGGUCCAAGCAUGACCUCUAUAUGCCCAUGAGCCCCAUGUGUGUUUCUGCACCGAAGAAGAUCAUCAACCCCCGCUCGCACGCCUCAGCGGGGCUGGCCCCACGCACCGACUCCCCCGGGAGUGCUUCUCUGGAGGACAGCGGCUAUAUGCGGAUGUGGUGUGGCACCAAGAUGUCGGUGGAGAGCGCUGACGGAAAGCUCACCAAUGGAGAGUACUUGAACAUGUCUCCUGUUGACCCCCUGGUGUCUCUCACACCCCCGGACUACAUCCUCAGUCCUCCAGGCGGAGAGCCCCACCCACUUCACAAGCAGCCUUAUUGUUACAGCUCUUUGCCUCGCUCGCUCAAAGGCCAGUUGCAGCGCAACGGCUCCACCGACAAAGACCAGUAUGUGGUGAUGUGUUUACAGAGACAGCGGAUAGAAGAGGAGUCAAACUAUUGUCCCGUCACUCCAGGAGACUCUGUGGCCAGCAGCUCUCCGGGGGCGCCGAGCACCCCCCCUCCUGCCCUAUCUCCUCUCGGAGCGGCUCGGGUGGAGAGAGGUCUGGUACAGCGGAGCCGGGUAAGUCGGCCCACCCGCCUGGCUCUGGAAUCCCUCAGAACGCUCCCGUGUAUGAGCGAACACCCGCUCCCCUCAGAGCCACGCAGCCCGGGGGAGUACAUCAGCAUCGACUACAGUCGUCCGACCGCCAGCCUGCUUGCAUCUGCAGUGUCGGCAAGUUUCGAGUCCCCCGUGAGCUUAACGUGCGCAGAGAGGGGAUCGCUUUCUCUCUCAGACUAUGCUAAUGUUGACGUCAGUGCCCCGGGUCACCCACACCAACCCGAGGGUUCCCCCGCCCCAGGGUGCCCGAACCACAUGCCUGAAGUCUCGACGUGUCCUAAUCUGGUGAACGCCCAAGGAAAAGAGAAAAACAGCCCAGAGAGACCGGCCGAGGAGGGGGGGACGGUCGAGGAAUAUCCUCUCCAACAGCAGGUGGGCCUGGUGUGUCGGCCGGCUCCGGUCAAGGAGGACUACACCGAGAUGACUUUCAGUCCAGCGGGCCCUCGACCUGACGCCGCUCCCCGCCCCACCGCCUGCGUCCAGAGACUCGGCCUGGAGAGCAGCAUCGUGAGCGCCGGCGCGCCCCCUGUGAAAGGGGACCCAUUUCUCCUGGGGGGUCUUUCGUUAUCGCUCACCAUCGUGGAUCCACACGGAGGGGCCAAAGUGAUCCGGGCCGACCCUCAGGGGCGCCGGCGGCACAGUUCGGAGACCUUCUCCUCCACCACCACCGUCACGCCGGUGUGCCCGUCCUUCGCUCACGACGCCAAACGGCACAACUCCGCCUCGGUGGAGAACGUCUCCCACGCCACGUGCAGCUCCGAGGGCUCCGACGAGGACUACGGCAGCAACAGCCCCAUGUGCAGGGAGAUGUCGGCCGGUUAUCAAAACGGACUGAACUACAUCGCCUUAAACUUGAUGGAGGGAAACCUCGGGGGAUGCAGGUUCGGGGGCUGUGACGGACUCCUGAGUUUCAAGACGGCGGCCUGUGGCUGCAAGGGGGGCAUGAAUGGUUUCAACACCGGCCCCUACGCCAGCAUGGGAUUCAAGGAGGCAGCCACGGCUGUGAAAGAAUGAAGGCCGCCCCUCUCCUCCCUCCUUUUCCAGCGAACGUAGGAUUUCACUGCAGCCGGGGGGCGAGGUCGCCACGGCGACAGCUGGACCACGCGCUGCAGUCGAUGGACGUCCUUUGACCUCUUUGAGGGUCGCGGAGGGCGGCCAUCGCCAUGGCAACACAGACACUUGACCCUUGCCCCACAUUUUUCCCCUCUGCUUUUCUCGGCACCAAAACAUUCAGGGACUAAUGCUGGUGUUGUCCUCGAUGACUUAACAAAUAACCAUAACUUAAACAGACUUAACUCUAGAUAGGUUACUAUUUAUCUCUGUGCAUAGGCCUAAAUUAUUCUGCAGUAUAAUGUUAUUUUACUUAUUUCUAAUGUUAUUAUUACCAUUCAUACACUUUCAACUGGUCUUUUGGCUUCAACCAAUAGUCACCAGCUCCGUCACCUAAAAACCUGUGAACCAAACCUGGAGAGCAAAGUGUGCACACACAUACACGCAAAAAAAAAACCUUCAUGCAUACAGGUUACAUAUCAUUAUUUAGUUAUUUAUCAUGUAUGUAUGCAUUUAAUGAAGUGUGUGUGUGCGCACAUGUGUGUGAAUUUUAUACAGAUUGUACUGCAAAAAGAACAGGCAUUUAUGAACAUAUUUAAUAAUCAAAGUUAACAUUUUGCAACAACAAAAAAGGAGAAAAAACUACCUCAGCAAAACCCAGGUUGGUACCAAGUCACAUAAUAUAAAUAUACAAAAUAUUUAUUUUCAGAGGUGAAUGUUUUUUGUUUUUUUUCCUUCUUCUCCCUAAUCACCAAUCCAAAGCCUUACUCAAGCCAUCAGCCCCAAUCUGAUCGUCCUUUUUAAGUUUGGACCUAUAAACACGCAGUAUAUCAAAGAUUGAACCGAUCAUCUCAUGGACUGAAUGUUCAUCCGAGCCCAAUGAGAGACCGUCUCUGAGAUUAGGUUCUUCCUCUCCCCCAUUUUACAGUUAUGACAGGAUUACGUAUUAAAGAUCCAGAGUAAUAUAUUUAUUAAUAUGCCUGAAAUGGAGGAUUCCUACCCUAACAGAAUGUCGGUGGAUUUUAGAGGAAGACGUUGUUGCAUCCAGCCCAAUGCAUGCCGGUGUCACACAUCCAAACGUUGCAGCAUGAACCAGGUCCGACUCGACCCGCCCCCCCGAUCCGUGGCCCGUCUGAGCCCACGUCUCGGCACCUUUCAUACACCUUGCUCACCUGUGAUGUCCUGCACACCCACACGCCCUGCAGGAGGUUAUGACCUGACGGGAACAAGGGACCGGGGACGUGAAUGUUUUGAAGUUGUUUAUACAAAGUAACUUGACAGAACUCAAGAAUCUUACGUUUUUUUCACCUGAUGCCUCGUUGCGAGAGCGCCGUCACGACCCGACGCCGUCCGACCGGCUGGUUUGAGGAGCCGCUCGAUAGCUCAGAGAGAGAGAGCCGGGGCGGGACACGCCGGAGCGAAUGCAUUGUCUUGCACGUACAAACUACCCAGAUUGUUACACAAGACACAUUGAAUGUAGGACUCUGUGUUACACACAACUCCACAAACACCACAACAACAACGACAAGGGCAGAAGUACCGAAUGGAAGCGAUGGCGCAGACACGCGCCUCUCUUCAUCGAUUUGAGUUCUUCACCGGGACGUAACCGUGGCCUAUAGACUGCAGAUAGAGACGGAUACAUGACAUUCUAGGCUGAGGAAGUUCGAGAGAUGUUAAGUUAAAUAACGUAUGUUGUUUGUACUGUACAUAUCUGUUUUUAGUGAAUUUUCUGAUACGAAAAAAACACUCAUUAUAGGCUACGACCGUUAUGGUUUGGCUUAGAUUUAUUUUUCAACCGUCACGGGACAGUCUUGGAUGCCACUACGAGGACAUUUUCUAACGCUGUAAUUCUGAAAGAAAGAUUUAACUUCAAAUUAAUUCUGUUAUUUAGGUACACAAAUGGCAUAUAUGCAAUAUUUACACUUUUGAAAAUUAGUUUACAUGACGUACCAAAUGUAUAAAUACUGUUAAUAAUGUUUGUUAAACCUUAAAAUCUGAUUUUUUUUGCUGUUUGUGCAUUAUUUUUCUCAACAUUUUAAAUGGAAAACUUUUUUUCGUGUUUGGUUUUUUGCUAAUCAAGCCUCUUGGUGUUUUGAGCAGUGUUUUGCAUUUGGAUAAUGUUUCCAGUUUUUAUUCGGCAUCUAAAGGUUACGAUAUGGGCUUAUCUUGCUGUGUCUUUCAUUGUGAAUAUUUCAUAUCUUGCAUAUUGUGAUGCUACUAAGAGGUGAUAAUUUAAACUUAGUUCAUUGCUUUAGAUUGUAUUGAUUCUUUAUAGACACAUGCAAUAAAUAAUGAUGUUAUUUAAGAAAGCCA